CACGUGUGUACGCAAUUGCAAGCGAUCGGGCGCUGGCAAGAUCGCCGUCCCGACUGCCGCGGAGCCUGGAUGAGAUAUUUCGCGGGCUUUACGAACGUACUAUCUCUGGCCUCGAGGCGACCCUUCAGGUGAUAUCCCCGCAUAUCCUUGUGCAUACAGGAAAGUGAUCUGCCAAAACGUGGAUGGAAUUGAAAAUGGUGCUCUUGGCUGCACUCUGGUGUGACUGCGGCGUAUUUUGAGAAGGUAACGCACAAACCCGCCGUCUGUCCGACGUCAUCCUUCGCGACCACACGCCCAUCGACCCCAUGUGGAAAACGAACAUCCAACUCGCAAGUGUGUCGGUGAUCGUGGCGUUUGCGGGAGUCCCUCACACUGCCACGCAUGUUCCUCAGCUUUGUCUUUUUCAACGGGUAUACCAAAUUUACAUGGGGCGUCGUGUGGCUGCAAGCGUGCGGCGAUCUCUUCGUGUCUGCCGUCGUUUGGUACUCGGACAACGGCGUCAAGAACGUUGGCACGGCGUUUUCACUCGUCUUAGGCUGCGUGCUGUCCAACUACCUGUUUGACGACCAACUAUCGCCGAUGUUUUUUGUGGGUGUCGCAAUGGUGGUGCUAUCUGCAUUCAACGAGGCGCUGUCUGCCACCCACGAAAAUGCAGUUGCGAUAGAGUGGCGGUCGCUCUGA